GCCUCUUGUGUUUAUUAAUACAUCAAAACAGAUUUAAAGUAGUCAUGGUCACACAUAACUGUAGUCCGACUGAGGAGGGCAACGCGAGAGCGGGGGGCGGGGCGGGCCUCCGGAUCUUUAUACCCCCUCCCACACAUUACACCCUCUCAUUCUGCUUUGUCAUUUGAACCGCAACUGGAUUCACGCGCAGGCCGAGCAAACCUGCGUGUCCAAUAACAAAGGUUGGAUCGUAAAGUACACGCAAAGAGCGGUUUCAAGUAUUGGAGCCCCGCCAUGGAGGACGACGACGAUCCGUCAUUUGAUUUCGAACCACUGUUCAUCCGAGAAGAGAACGGAGACCCCGAGACCGACUGGUCUACUCUCGAUUUUCCAAGGACGCACACGAGUCAGCCGUCUUCAAUGGGGCCGUACUUGCUCGAGAUGGAUGACUUACUCAAGAGGUGCGAGGAGCUCACGGCCAUCCCGCUCGAGUCGGACCAGGAACAGAUGCUUGGCGAAAGAGAAACAUCGCCGUAUUUUUCCACAAGUCACACCAGGAACACAAUGGGGAUGGCGGACGAGUGCGCGGAACACCAGUUCCAUGAGGACAUGCCGAUCACUUCGUCGGGAAACAAAUUGAGCAGCACCAUGGUGCAGUAUGAAGGUCAACUGAUGGGGAUGUUGGCCAUGCUGGAGAGCUGUAUGGACGAGGCGCCCGUAGAUUUCGAGAUGAACCAGGAGUAUGUGCAUGUGAACAAAGUCAAGGACGUGACGUCGGAACGUCAGAGCGUUGGUCACCUGGAUCCCACAAGGAACGGGUCUGAAUCGGAAGUUCACGACCGAGAAUUCAAGUAUAUCAAGCCAUCGAUGACAGUCGGCUGUACUUCCCGAGUGGAUGAUGUCAACGUCGCAGAUUCUCCAACAGAGUCCUUGGAGAUGGAAAUGAGUUUUGAAGUAGAUGGAUUCCAGACACUGGCCAGUCAGAUGGAGAAGUGCAUCGAGGAGCUGCAGCGCUUAGAAAGGAAGCGGAAAGACUUACUGGCGGAGGUGCUGGAGCUGAGGCGGCAGGAAGCCCAAGAAGAAGAAGAAGCAGCAUCAGAGGCUAACAUUUCAAACAGAGUCAAUGAGUUGAUGGCGGUGCUGAGAAAGGAGGAGGAAGACCGGAGAGAGGAGAGAAAGAGGGAGGUGCAGCUCCUCAGGUCGGAAGUGGCCGAAGAGGAGCGGCGAGUGUGGAAGUCGGAAAUGGAGAAGCAGGAGUUGCGCGACCAGAUGCGCAAGCUCAAAAGGCAACUCUUCACCAAGGCCAAGGAGAGCGCACACAUUCAGGCAGCCCUCAACAAGCGACGUCAUGAAAUGGAUCUCCAGAAGAGAGAGGAGGAGAAACUGCAGACUUUGCUCCAGCAAAUGACAGAAGAGGGCUCACAGCUCAAGUCACAACAUCAGCAAUAUCUCCGGGACCUCCGAGCAGAGAUUUGCGUUUGCACUGCCGGCCGGACUUGCAACACGACGCAGGAGGAGCUGUCCAGGAGGAACUCCUGCGGGGACAUCCAGCAGUACCUCCAGGACGGCCUGAGAGCCCUUGAGAACAGGUACGAACCCGUGUUGCUGGGCCUUCAGAAGAGGAAAGAGACAACAACUAGGGAUUGUUUAAAAGCAAAAGAACAGACCCGAGAGCUCAAAGCCCAGCUCGGACCCUUGUGGGAGGAGAUUCAAGCGCAGGUGCUGCAGAGGGCUCGCUUGGAGGAGAAACUUAAACUCGUUCACGUACAGAGGAGAGAGGACUCUGAGCACUACGAGGAGAGCAUCCGUUGUCUCGAGCGGAGCAGCAGGGAGCUGAAGAUGGAGUUGACGGUACAGAGAAGAAAAAACAAAGAGGCGGCAGAUUUGCGAGACUGCCUUUCCAAACAAAUCCUUCUUUACAGGUCAGCUGCUGGCGACCACCAGAAGUCCGAGCACCAAAAAGAAGCAUGAUUUACACCUCUGGAUGAGUCUUUUUUUUAAAAUUUUUUUUUUAACGUAGAGCUUAGAAUAUAGAAUGCAGCCAACUAUGCGUGUACAAGCAAUAAAACGUGAAACAUUUCCACCAUAUGUCCCCUUAAGGUCAUCAUAUGCUAUGAGCGAUGGGGGUUAGUUAAUGUAGUUUUUCUUUUCUAGUGCAGUUUUCAUCUAUCUUUUCUUAAUAAACGACAGUGGUCAUUUGGGA